AAAAAGGAUUUCAAUCCCUUGUUCUUUCCAACCCGCUUUCCACCUCACCUUGUGUGCCAUUUAAUCCCUGCCUCUUUGGUGGGAAAUGUCUUCCGGACGGGAGGGACUACACCUGUUUAUGCCCGUCUGGUCGAGGAGGAUCUCACUGUGAACAUUUUUUUCACGAAAGCAGCUGUAAUGGCUGCCAUCACCACGCUGUUUGUGUCUCUAGCCAGUGCACAUGUAGAAAAGGAUACUUGGGUGACGGACAUAUAUGCAGACCAAAAACCUCUUACUGUCAUCCAAACCCUUGUGAGAAUGGUGGCACUUGUCGGGAGAAUGAUACUUUUGAUACAUCUCAGUCGGACUGGUGGUGUGAAUGUCCCAAGGGAUACAGCGGAAGGCUAUGCCGUGAGUACGACCCAUGUUCAAAUAAGAAAUGCUACAAUGGAGGGAAAUGUGAAGUACAAGAUAAACAACCAAAGUGCAAUUGCGAGGAACCAUAUCAAGGAGAGAGCUGUCUGCUCGAUAACUCCUGUUUACCAAAGAAUGGCGAGAAGAGGGACCCUUGUAACAAUGGUGGAAAAUGUGAAUUCACCGACGGCAAAGUAACGUGCGUUUGUCCGACUCGGUACGAAGGCCCGACAUGCGCACUUGACAAAUGUGCUAAAUGCGACAAAAAUGCAUACUGCGAAAAUGGAGUUUGUAAAUGUCGCCCACCAUAUGAGGGAGACGGAAUCACUUGCACGAAGCCAGAGGAGGAAAAACCAAACAAGGCACCUACGAAUCCGUCCGAGCUGCCAAACAGCUGCACUCCGAACAAAUGCAAAAAUGGAGCUGAAUGCAUCGAAGGAAAAUCUACUUUUUACUGCGUGUGUCCCAAAGACACAUACGGCAGGCUGUGUGAAAAGAUUACACCUACAACACGUAUGAAACCAUGUAUCAAAUAA